AGCCAUUUUGGCUCAAGCUUUCCAGCGCGGGCCGCGCCUCGCCCCGCGGGCGACGCGCGCCCCCCCCCCUCCCAGCCUCGCAGGGCUGCUGCGAGGCCUGCCGAGCCGUGCGCCGCCGCUGUCCCGGCAUGGAGGUGGCCCCGCCAGCAGAAGAGGAGCCGCGGGCCGCCCUGGACGCCGCCGCGGCGGAGGGCGCGCCGCCGCCGGCCCCAGCUCCUCAAGUGGAGACGCCCGUGCCCGCGGCGGCCACCAUGAGCGCGGCUCCGCUGGCGCCGCUCAUCACCUCGGGCGACCCCAGGAAACCCCACAAGGACGAGCCCUCCGCGCCGGGCGAGGCUCGCCCGGGGCCCGUGGGCAACCCGCUGCUGCUGAAGCACGAGCGCUUCACGGGCACCAUCUGCAACCUCGUUGCCGCCACCGGCGGGGGCACGCUGAGGAGUCACAUGUUCGAGGGCGAGGUCUCCUUCUGGCCAGAGGGCGUCAUGCCAGAGUGCGAGCAGUACCUGUUCCGGGAGAGCGAGCAGGUGGAGUUCGACGUGCAAUCAGAUGAGCGCGGCAGGCCGCAGGCCGCCAUGAUGAAGCCGGUGGUGGGCAGGAAACCCGCCGAGUGCUUGGGCCAGCGCCACCGCGGCUACGUGCGCCGCUUCGCCGACCGCUGGGGUUUCCUCAACGCCGCCGCCUUCGACGGCGAUCUCUUCGUGCACCGCGACAACUUGCUGAUGGCCCACGACGCUGGCCAGGACGGGCAGCCGCAGCUCCGCGGGGGGCAGGCGUUGGAGUUCGAUGUGGCCGUAGACGACCGCGGCAGGGUGGUCGCGAAGCAGAUCACCACGAGCUCGCUGUUGCGGCCUAUCGACUGGCUGGGCCACAGGCUGCAGGGUUUCGUGCGGUCGUUCCAGGGCGCUUGGGGCUUCUUGAACUCCGACAAGUUCGCGGGCGACCUCUUCGUGCACCGCGACAACUUUGUGCCGCACUGCCAGGACAUGGAGCUCAGGAGCGGGACGCUCGUGGAGUUCGUCGUGGUGAAGGACAACCACAAGAAGGGGGGCAAGAACCGCCUUGUGGCGCGGCAGGUCGCAGUCGUGCAGGGUCAGGCAGCCGCCCAGGUCCAGGCGUAUGCGCAGCCGCAGCCGCAGCCAGGCAUCGACCCCUACGGUUUCCCGCAGAACGGCAUGCCCCCGUAUGGCUCUACGAUGGACCCGGCGGCGCCCACCUUCUCCCCGUGCUCGUCCUCGAUGUACUACCCGGGACAGGUCGGCUAUGGGCAGACGCCGUACCCAUACGCGGACUUGGCGCAGCACUAUGCGGCGCAGCCCCCUCCGCAGCCGCAGGCUCCACUUGCGCCGAUGCCGCAGAUGCCGCAGCCGGUUCCGCCGUACGGGCAGCAGAUGGUGAUGUCCGGGCAGCCGGCAUACGGGCAGGCCCCGAUGGUGCAGCCGCCCAUGCCACAGGUGCCGCAGCCCCAGUGCGGGCAGGUGCCGCCGGCCGCCCAGCCGCCGUACGGCCAAGUGCCUUAUGGGCAGCACGGCUGCGGCAUGCUGCCGUACGGUACCCAGCCUGGUGCGCCACCUCCGCAGCCGCUCGCGCCCGGCGUCCCGGGCGCGGCCGGGGCGGCCGCCAUGCCGCCGCAGCAGCAGCAGCAACCGGCCAUGCAGGCUGCCCAGGGAACCGUGCCAGUGGCGGGGCAGCCGGACGUCGCGGUUGCCGAGGCGUCCCCGGGCGCCGGAGAGCAGCCGCAGGUGCUGCUCCACAUCACCACGCACGACUGGGAGCCCGACCAGUCCGGGCAGCUCCGCGUCCAGAAGAGCACGCUCGUCAACGUCUCGCACCGCGCCGCGCACGGCUGGGUCUACGCCGCCACCGUCAAGUUCGGCGAGAAUGGCAACAACGAGCCGCCCGCCGAGGGCUGGGUGCCUCAGGCCGUCGCCAAGCGCGUCAGCCUCGCCACCGUCGAGAGCGACUGGCCCGCCGAGGGGCCCGAGACGCUCGGUCUCUUGAAGGGUGACCUCAUCGCCGUGUCCAAGGAGGCGGAGAGGGGCUGGGUGUUCGGCGAGCGGGUCAGCCCCAGGCAGGACCCGUGGCCGCUGGAGGGGUGGCUGCCGAAGAAGAUCCUGAAGUACGUGCUGAUGUGACUGACCCCCGAGGUCAGACGGGGAGCUCAAGUUUUGACAACGGGGCUAUGGCGCAACCUGGGCUCUCGUGAUGGAAGGCUUCCUUGCCGCACUGCGCUGGCACUGUGCUUACUGUUUGCGCGCCAACUUCGCCGGGUGGCAGCGCUCUACUGCAAGCACUGACGAUUGAUGGAAUCUCGUAACUCCUAGUACAAACCUAUCUCUGCCCGACUGGCCCAACUGCCUGCCGACGGUAUCCUGAUCAGCGCUGCGCUCCCUGCAUCUGCUCUUAGAGGGACCUUAUAUUUGAUAUAUCGCUGGCGCCCUGGUCUUUCGAUUCGGGAUUCGCGUCCCCGAGGCGCAUUUCUCUUGCUGCGCGGGCGGCGGGGAUUGGGCCCCCCGUACCGCUGAUUUGCGGGGAGGCCUGAGAUUGGUAGGAGGCAUAACUUUUUGACCAGGGU